AUUCAAUGUUCCUCAAGGACUGAGUCUGCUUUCUCGUACACCUGUUUCCUUCGUCACUACUCUAACGCAUACGACACUGGAUGUCUUUGAUUCACUCUGCAUUCACUUAACAUCAUUAGCAGAUAAUUAUUUAAUAAUCUUUUCAACUGGAAGCUUCCACGGUUUAGUAUUUAUCUCUUCUCGCCCAGAUCAUCUUGGAAUUAUCUACAGCUUCAGCAAAUUUGCAUACACAUACCCAGUAGCCAGAAGAAAAAAAAACGCAAAAGGAAAUAAUGGCUAUCAAAUCUCUCAUCACCCGAUUUGGCAAAGGUGCCGCCACCAAGCAGAUGUACAUCUACGAGACAUGGCUACGUUGGAUCGUCCGCGGAAUCCAGUUCGCACUCGCCGUCGUUGUCUGUGGUUUGUAUGGGCGUCGCGUCGACCAUGAUCAUAGGCACGGGAACGGUCAGUCAGCCGCGUGGGUUUACGCAUUAUCCGUCGCCGGCCUUUCGUGCAUCACCUGUCUCGUGUACUCUAUCCCCAACCCAUUCGGCCGCUUCCAGUCGCACCGCCUCUUCGCCUGGGACCUCGUCCUCUUCGUCCUGUGGAUCGCUCUCUUCGGCACCUUUGCCGCUAUCUUCCUCAAACGUGAAGAAGACGAGUACGAGGGCACCAACGUCGCACUCAUGAAGUGUGCUGUCUGGAUCGAUCUCGUCAAUUGCAUCUUCUGGCUCUGCACCGGCCUUUACGGCUGCUUCCGCACUUUCGUCGGUAGAAAGGUGAAUGGAAAGAUCGAUGAAUAUUCGAACAAGGUUGAGGAUGGAAUCAACGCCAAGGUAGACCAAUACGCGGGUUCUGCAAAGGACAACUUCAGUAUGAAACUUAAUCCUUUGCGUAAGGAGACAGUAUGAGCUAGGAAUACGU